GAAAGUGGCUGUACUAGUACCAGCAUAUAUCGCAAGGUUUGGCUAAUUCAGAACUAUGAUGGUAUCUCAUCAAUGGCUAGAGUGCUGAAACGAUAUAGUUCCGGACAGUGUUACACGGGUCACGGUGAGUAUAUCAUCUUCAAGCUUCAACCAUGAAGAAUUUGAUGAUCAUCAUGAUACAGGCAGAAACUGCAUGCCAGCGUUCCUGGGAUAUUCGUAACUGAAUGGCGGCGAUUUCACUGUCGAGGGGAACAAAGUAAAAGCUCAACUUCGUCAUAUCAUCGCACUCCUAUUUCGUCAACUUCUUAAGUAUUCCAUUGCAAAAGCUGAAUUUACGGUAUUAUUGUUUCCCCAAGCAGGCGGAAAUGACGAGGGCGCAAGGAACAGUCUUGUCCCAUGACCAGACGGAUAUUACUGGUGGGCAUAACUUCGUGAACGUAGGUUUCAUAUCUGCAGUUUCUUUGGGUAGCGGCGAUCUCUGUUUGGCGCCGUUCAACCUUUUGCUUCACUUCAUGAGUCAAUUCCGGGCAAGACGCCGCCAUCUGUCAGUUCACACAAUAUUCCAGUACUGUGGAUUCGGGCCUAGUUGAAGGAAGCCCAGCUGAGCUAGUAUAUGGAGGAAGUUCUAAUCAAUCAAGUUACAGGAUUCCAUUCAUAGGUUUCUCCCGUCUUCUAGGAUGUCGCACUUCCCCCCUUUGGAUAUAUGUAUUCUCCCGGCAGUACACUUUCUCCCCGAAUGUUAUCAAAAGUCCAUGACAGGUACGUACCACCCGCCAAAUUCUGACGCUAACAAUUCAUGAAUUCAUGAAGCGCGCGCCAGCUUGAUAUGAUAACCACGCUCUAAUAGGGUCUUCGCUGUAACAACAACGGUAUUAAUGCAUUACUGUCACAAGGUCAGUAUAUAUAG